GUAUUGUUGAACAAACGAUAAACUGAAUCUUCUGCUGUUAAUUCUCGCUUCAUCGCAAAAAAAAACCCAGUAUAUCAAAUUAUAUAAAAUAUAGCUCUUAUCAACGAAUGGCCAGCUGGGAAAGUUGAAUCAUUGUAUGUCAUCGCAAUUACCUAUUAAUUCAGUCCCGCAACCAACUAUAAGCCGACCGCCUUCACCUACUAAUCCCAAUCCAGGAUCCUCAGGAGUCACUGAAGCGAGAUUGGUUACCUCAAAAGAGUCCUUUCGUUUACCAGGAACUUCUGGAACUCACAAAUCAGUUGAACAUCGCAAACCCGAUGACUUCCCAGCGUUAGACGGGAAUCACGCUAGAAAUGUUGAUCAAUAUGCCAGACUUUCACCGCCUCCUCAACGAAAGUCACCUCUUCCACCUCAAACCGAGUCAAUUUUAUCAAAAAAUCCUUUCGCACGACUCCCAGGCGCACGGAAAUCAAGCGACCAUGUGAACCAACCUAAACAACCUGAAGAGUUUCCUCUGUUAGGCGGCAGUGACGAGCGUCUCAACGCUAAUCGGAAUCCCGCAUUGCCUGGAAGCAGCAGUUAUGCCGAAGCUUUCAAUAAAAAGUCUUUGAGAUCACCUGAAGCACAAAGGAAGUUUCCUCUUCAAGAUUAUCCCGCUUUGCCUGGCUCCAGUCAUUCCAAGAAUCCCAGCAGUCGCCCUAGCUUGGAAUCAUUGGCGAAUUCUCAGAACAAAUUGUCCCUUGAUCAGUUCCCUCCCUUGCGCGAUCGCGGUAGUAGUUUCCAUAUCCCAAAAAACUCUCCAGACAGGUUAGAUCCAUCAGCUAAUUCACUCCGGAAAAUGUCCUUGGACGAGUUUCCUGCAUUGGGCGCUUCAAGAGGUCUCUAAGAGGAUCUCUAGAGA